AUGUUAGCAGUACUGACACUACUGCUAGAAAUUUGUAAAAAAAAAAGCCAAUUAAAUUGGUUUUCAGCUAAAAAUAUUGAUUUAGCAAAAUUAUUUGAAAAGAAUUAUGAACUAAUAAGUCAGCCUAUAUCAAAUAUAAAUUUUCCAAAUUUUCCAUUAAAACUUAUUGAUUCCAAUAAAGUUGUUAUAAAUCUUGUUGAAAAAAACUGUAGAAAUAUUAUUGAAGCUGAAUCACAACAUUCUGAUCUUCUACCAGCCAAAUAUGAAGGAGGUUUAAAAAUCUGGGAAUGUACCUAUGACUUAGGAAAAUACCUAUUAUCAGAAAAAAUUGCAUUUAACAAUAAAACAAUUUUAGAUCUUGGUUGUGGAGCUGGCAUAAUUGGUCUUCUCGCUUUACUUCAAGGGUCCUUGGUCGAUUUUCAAGACUAUAAUAAUGAAGUUAUUGAAUUUGUAACAAUUCCGAAUGUAAUUUUAAAUUGCUAUAAUUAUAAACUUGUGGAAGAAACAUGUAAAUUUUAUACUGGUGAUUGGGAAUCAUUUAGUAAUCUUUUAGCAAGUAAUAGUGCAAAAUCACUAUAUGAUUUUAUAUUUACAAGUGAAACUAUUUAUAAUCCAGAUAACCAUCAAAAGCUAUAUCAGAUAUUUAAACAGCAUUUAAAGAAAAAUGGAAUUGGUUAUGUUGCUGGUAAAACUUAUUAUUUUGGUGUUGGUGGAGGUAUGAGACAGUUUGAGAAACUUGUUUUAAGAGAUAAUAUAUUUGAUGUACAAGUCGUAUGGAAAAGUAAUGAAGGUAAAUUUAAUCUGGACCAAUAUAUGUACUAA